AUCUGAUACACAGCUAUAUAUAAAUUUUAUUUUCUCUCAACACAUUAAGAGGAAAAUGACUAUCCCACCCUGGCAACUCUUCCUCGGCUUCAUCGCAACAUCAAUCGCAUACUCAAUCCUCUCCUCAAUUUACAAAAACAUCAAAAACCGGCGCAAUGCCGCCGCACGAAGAUGUCAACCCCCCAACAAAAUCCCAACGGGGCUCCUCGGUAUCAGUCGCUAUAGAGAGAUCAUAAAAUACGCCAGUGAAUAUAGGUCACUAGAUUUAAUGGAGAAAACUCAUCACGAGGGCGGGAACACAUUCGAGCAAGUUGUGCUGGGCACAAAGACAAUCGUGACCAUUGAGCCGGACAAUAUAAAAGCGCUUCUGGCAACGCAAUUUAAUGAUUUCGGCCUCGGUCGGAGACGGAAUGUCUUUAGCCCGUUUUUAGGGGAUGGUAUAUUCACGCUUGAUGAUGCUGGAUGGUCCCAUUCACGAGCGAUGUUGAGACCACAGUUUUCGAGGGAUCAGGUUGCUGAUGUGGGCAUGUUGGGUGAUCAUGUUAAUCAAUUGAUUUCCUUGAUGCCGGGCGACGGCACACCCUUUGAUAUUCAGGAAUACUUCUUCAGACUUACUCUUGAUACUGCGACGGAAUUCCUGUUUGGCGAGUCAACCAAUUGUCUACUUGAGAAUCAGAACGUCCAGAAGAAAUCCGCGCUGUCAUCCAUCGGCGGCGAACAAGGAUUUGCGUAUGCUUUCAAUCGGUCGCAGGAUUAUGUGGUGCAGAGAGCUCGAGCACAGGAUUUGUACUGGCUUGUCACCUCUGCCGAGGAUCGCAGGAAUUGCAAGCUUGUGCAUAACGUCGUUGACCACUACGUCGAUACGGCUCUGGCUCGAUACAACAGUGCCGGAGGUGAUCAGGAGAAAUUUAUUGGCAGUCCAAAUUCCGAUCGAUAUGUUUUCCUCAACGCUAUGGUUCGCGAGACGCAGGAUCGACGAGCUCUUCGAGACCAGAUGCUUAAUAUCCUCCUAGCUGGACGGGACACAACUGCAAGUUUAUUGAGUUCGUCGUUUUAUUAUCUUGCUCGACACCCUCGUAUAUGGCAACGACUACGCGAAGAGAUUCUUGCGAAAUUCCCACCCACCGAAUCCGCGGAAUCAAUCACAAUCGCCCGUCUGCGAGAAGUGAAAUAUUUGAAAUAUUUCCUCAACGAAACUCUCCGUCUUCUUCCACCCGUACCCGUUAAUGGCAGAUUUGCGAAGCACGAUACUACUAUCCCCGUUGGCGGUGGUCCUGACGGGAAAUCCCCCGUUUUUGUCCCCAAGGGAGUUGAAGUACUGUAUCAGGUUACGCUUAUGCAUCGACGAAAGGAUCUUUGGGGUGAGGAUGCGGAAGAGUUCCGUCCUGAGCGAUGGGAAGAGAAUGGUCGACAUGGAUGGGAAUAUUUACCUUUUAAUGGUGGACCAAGGAUCUGCUUGGGUCAACAAUACGCUUUGACAGAAGCAAGCUAUGUCCUUGUGCGGCUCUUGCAACGAUUUGAUCAUGUUGUUAAUGAGCAGCCAGAGAUUACGAGGCCGGCGAUGAAGUUCUCCUUGACUGCGUCUCAUGCGUAUGGAGUCAAGGUUGGUCUGUAUGCUGCAUGAUGACAUGACCGUUGGGUUUCAUAAUAUGGAUUAUUCAGAUAUGCUUACAUAGGUGCAUAUAAGGUUUAAUUAGGGGGCGUCAAUGAUAUACUCUCAAUCACAUUCUUCUAGACAUAUUCAAGGCUGGGCCUCAUAACAGUCCAAUCAAGCCCAAUUACCUAAUUCAACUUACAAACGACCAAUGUAUGACCCGUUAAGUACCUUUUCAAACACCAGGCCGAUACGAAACAAUCUUGCCAAACGUAUCCGCCAUCCCCCAAAUCCCCCUCCUCAAACACUCCAACUGCACAAUCUGCGAAUGAUCCACAAACACAUUAACAUCAACCCCAAACUCCCUCACGUACCAAUUAUAAACUUUGGGAUCCGCAGCCUCAAACAUGACUCUUUCAGCAGGUAACUCCUUCAUAAUCUUACUCACAACAUCGGUUCGCCAUGAUUUCACAUUCUCGGUUAUACCCUCGGAUUCGAUCAUGAGUCGUUCGACGCCAGCGUCAAGGAAUUUCUGGCCUAGGGUUAUGAGUUUUCCGGGGUCGGAGGUACCGAUUGCUUCUAGUUCGCCGGCGCCUGUGUCACCGCCGGCUCCGAAUUGGAUGCCUAAUUCGGGUUUUGCGAUUAGGUUGUGCGAGUGCACUUUGUCG